GUCAAUUCACGACACGAAUAGAAAGAAGAAGCGUUAAUAAUUCACUACGUGAAAGAGCAAAGCAAAGUUCGGAAAUAAAAACACUUGCAGGACUUUUGGGCAUUACUCGAGGUUGCGAGUAAUUAAUUGUAAAUAAACGGGCUUAUAAGCUGUAUUUGCAAGUAUCUGAAGAGUCAAAAAGAGUUGAAGUGGCGCUGGGACCCGACUGGUAGAACGAAAUAGGUGCAAAACUUCAUCAUCCACAAUCUGUGCUUGAAUAAAUUAAUAACAGGGGCGAAGGUGUAGGCACAAACACACCUACGACUGCGAUAAGGCCACGACAAUCGUUUGCAAAUUUGUAAAACGCAUCGAAAUUCGUAGAACACCCUAAGUAGGAGCAUCUCAACAACAAGGUGAAUGUGCAAUUAAUAAGAAAUUUUAAUGGAGCACAAGUCAACAGCGUUUGCCCAUUUGAAAGUUUGUUGUUAAACAUAAAACAACUAUAGUUCAAAGCGUCAGGUGCACGUCAUUGGUCACUGACCCCUUAACUGUUGCCCCACGACGAUCGGUUCUUCGGAUGGUAAUAUCUACAAAACGUCAUUUAUAAACUAACCAAAAGAAUCUACAACCAUCAGUUACUUAAAUAUUUAUAUAGACCCCCUAAAUAUGUCUGUGCGCACCAAAGUACUCGGUCUAGUGGAUGUAAUGAUGCGCGUGCCGCCCAUCUUGGUCAUUGAUGAGGUACUCAAAAUCAGUAUGGGACUACCAACGCGCUUCUAUCCCACAGCCACCGACCAGGGACUACAUAUUGACGAAUUCAAUGAAAACCGAACACAUAGUGACGCCGCCAAUGUCCCAAGCGAUUCAGCAUCUAGUUUUCCUGAUAUCAACCAUGCCAGCCUUGCAAAUAACACAAGCGGAGAAAGUUCAGGCGGUGAUAGUUUGCUGGAGCGUGCCAUAGUCAAUGCAUCGGCUACAGCCGCUUCAAGUGGUGUGCUCAGCAGCUCUUUUGGCCUCAUGAUGAACGAUUUGGCGCAGGACACAUUUCUCUCCGAUGUGCUGUCAAUAACUUCGGUCAAAUUUGUUAUCUGCCUAAUUGUAUUCCUAAGUGCUGCUUGCAUAUUUAUGUUAUGGACUCGACACCUGGUGAUGGUCUACAUGUUUGUGAUUUCGUUGGGCUUAACCUUUCUGUCGUAUUGGUCGAACGUAUCUGCACUGGCCGUUAUGGAGAAAUCGCCAUGUAUAUUGGGGGACUUGCUUUCGUUUAACACAACACGGUUGCUGGACACAAGUGGUGUUGCGAUGUCACUCGUCCCACAUCUGAUGGCUCAAUGGUUCAUGGGUAUGCUGUUCGCGUACGUGCAUUUAGGUCCACGUUAUUCAGCCAUACAAAAAAUUAUGCCAGUCGUGUUUGCUAGUCCCAUUUUGUUGGCAAUGUUGCCCCUGCCGCCACGCAUUGUCAAGGAUUUACCUGUGCUGGCCGGCGCUGUGCCGCUGAUACUAACCAAAAUUACAAUGCUGAGCAGUGCUAUAGACGCGGCCAAGACCGUUUACAAUGGUUACCAGUAUGCAAUGAAUUUUGUAUCGAAUUUUGGCUUAUCAGCAUUGAUUGAAAAUGAAUGGCAAAGGCUGAAUGUACCGAGUGUGCUGCGUGUGUUCUGGACAAUCAGAAUCGGACAGGAAUUCAUUUCAAUUGUGUUGUCCGAUAGCAACACGACAUUGAGUUUCUUUCCCACCGUGCAAAAAUUGUUGGUCGAUGGUUGUGAAACACUCACAGCUGUGUUGGGCAUGACUUCGAUUAUCUCGGUUAUUUGCCACUAUAUUGGACGCGCAUUUCAAUGGUACCUACUCACGUUCGACAACGACGAAGAAAAGUCACUGGGCACUGUUUCCGCUGUACUCUUCUAUAUACUAGCGCUGCAGACAGGACUCACAUCAUUGGCGCCCGAUAAGCGCUUCGUGCGCUUGUGUCGCAAUUUAUGCUUAUUGAUAACUGCUUUGCUACAUUUCUUACACAAUAUUGUAUCGCCUAUAUUGCUGUCAUUGAGUGCCGCACGCAAUCCCUCACGAAAGCGUCAUGUGCGUGCGCUCACCGUGUGCGCCUUCCUGGUCAUUACGCCGAUUUGCUUGCUCGCCGCACUCUGGACACGGCAUUCGCCGUCUACCUGGUUACUCGCAGUUACGGCCUUCUCCGUUGAAGUGGUCGUAAAGGUACUUGUUUCGCUGGCCACGUACACUUUAUUUUUGCUCGAUGCACGGCGACAAACUUUCUGGGAGAAACUGGAUGAUUAUUUGUACUAUGUACGGGCCUUUGGUAAUUCGGUUGAGUUUUGCUUUGGUAUAUUGCUUUUCUUUAACGGUGCUUGGAUUUUAAUUUUUGAGUCUGCCGAAAAUGUUAUAGGCGGUGCUAUACGAGCCAUCAUGAUGUGCAUCCAUGCCUACUUCAAUAUUUGGUGUGAGGCUCGUGCCGGUUGGUCUGUGUUCAUGAAGCGACGUUCGGCCGUACACAAGAUCUCCGCACUGCCCGAGGCGACACCAGCUCAAUUGCACGCCUUCGAUGAUGUCUGCGCCAUAUGUUACCAGGAAAUGUAUUCUGCCAAAAUUACGCGCUGUCGCCACUAUUUCCAUGGUGUGUGUUUGCGUAAAUGGCUGUAUGUGCAAGAUCGGUGUCCGCUCUGCCACGAAAUCAUGAUGUACUCGGACAAGAGUGAAGAAAACGACGCGCAGACGCCUGCAGAUAGUCCCGCGCCUAUUGUGCAUCAAUACAAUAACGAAGGCGACGAAGAGCACACCUCCAGCUCAGCCAGCUCAACCCCCAGACUGGCGAGCAAUACAGCUACGAGUACUGCGGCUACAACGUCGUCGGCUGCCGCGGUAGCUACAGCAGCUGCCAGUAACACAACACAGACAUUUCGAUUGUCGCCAGACAUUGGGAUACAGGAAUAAAGUUUUGGGAUAUAGUAAAAAAACACUAAAUUAAAUGAAAAUUAGAAAAAAUCCAAACGAAAUGUUGAAUGUGGUUGCAUGUGAAAACGGGUGGGUGUGCGUCAAGCAAAACAUAAAACAAGUAAAAGACAUGAAUUCGCUCAACAAUGCAAAUUGAUUGAGCUAUAAUGUGUACUUAUGUAUGUAAAGCAUAUGCAAUACAUUUGGUUCUUAUGUAAACCUAUAAAUUAUAUUAUACAGGCUUGGUAAAAGUCAGUUUUCCAGCUCGUGGUUAAGCAGGCACCCAAACAAAAAGCAAAAAACAAAACAAAAAAACAUAUAAAUAUUGUAUAAAAAAGACACACUCCCGGCGGGAUCGACGAGUAAGGUUAUGGGAGCAAGAGCAACAAGCUCAGCAAAUGAGAGCAGAGCAGCAACGAUAGAAAGCGUACUACACAACGCUGUGCAGCCAAACACAUUGGAAAUUGGUCCCGGAAUGGUCAGUGGCAUUAGCGUGUCCUACGCACGAGAUAACAUUGUUGAAUUUGAUGAUACGCGCCCUCUGUUCAAAAGGAGACAUUCGUGCUUUGCCUCUGUGCCGCGCUAUUUUACAGCUUGUACGAUUUGUAAAUACUACUAUUAUGAAAAAAACACUUAAAAAGGAAGUAGAGGAGAGAAAACGUCACCGCUACACCAGGCCUCAAUCGAGUUUGUGGAAAUGUACACUAAGGCAUACGUCCACAAUAAAAUAUUUACACACGUAAACUCACACUCGUACAUACAUACAAAAUCCACCAAACGUGAAUAUAAAAAAAAAAACUAAACUAGAAAAAUAUGAUAAACACCUAAGAAAUUAGUCGAAAUUUUAAUAAAAACUAUAAUUUUGUAUAAUAUGAAACAAA